CUCAGCUCUGGACGUUUUCUCUCUCGCACGGAUUGCAAACAAAUCUCACGCACCCUGCGUCCCACCAGCCUUCCCUCUGCGCGCUUUCGGUGCAGUCCGCGCCCGAGCAGCGCGGGGGAAACGCGACGGCAGCGCAUAAAUGACCCAGGAGGACAUCGUGCAGCAGUAAACAGGCUGCUUUGAGCCAAGGUGUUUAAGCUCAGUGUGGAGAAACAAGGGAGGGAAGAUAGGAGCGAGACACUGAUCCUCAGAGAGUGAGCUAGCUCGCCUCCAUGUCUUCACCUGUCAAUAAAAGAUCUACAUCUGGGACCCGCAGUUUUGACUAUUGCAGGUUUAUAGAGCUAGACUACACACCCAUGGAGGCAGGCAUUAUGGUCUCUAUGAGGCAGAGCCGAGGAUUUGUGACACCCAAGUCUCCAGAGCGCCACUGUCGGCGGAGUCCAGCACCUGUCAGUAACCGCGAUCCCUAUGGCAAUGCUUCUCUCAGCAGCAGCAGCAACUCAGGAUCAUGCAAGGGGAGUGAUUGCAGCCCCACCCCCAGGCGCCAUAUGAAGUACACUUCCUGCACGGAUAACCAUGGUAUUAAACCACCUCCUCCUGAGCAGUACCUGACCCCUCUGCAGCAGAAAGAGGUGUGCAUCAGACAUCUGAGGGCAAGGCUCAAAGAGACAGUUGAACGACUCCAGGACAGAGACACUGAGAUAGAUGAGUUGCGGACUCAUUUGUCCCGGAUGCAGGAGGACUGGAUUGAGGAGGAAUGCCAUCGUGUUGAGGCCCAACUGGCUUUGAAGGAGGCACGCCGGGAGAUCCAACAGCUUAAGCAGGUGAUUGAUGUUGUACGCUCCAGCCUGGGUGAGGCAGACUCAGGAGUGCAGAAGUGCUUCCAAGACAUCAAUGUCCAGAAUCACAAGUUAGAUACCCUGCUGCAAAGCAUGGAGCUGGCACAAGCCGGAGUGGCAAAAGUUACAGAGGCCCCAAAUGGGGGUGGGGCGGUGGGGGCAGGGCCGUGGAUUGGUGAGGGGUCAGUGGGCUCUUGUGAAGGCUCACCGGCCCACUCAGUAACCCGCAGCUCUACCUACACUAAACUUAGUGAGGUUGCACCACCCGAACGCAAUGAAAGUGGCAGUGGCUCGGAUGUGGCUUGCUGCCUGUCAGCAGAGGGUACUCAAGACAGUGGUUUUGUGUGCUGUGGGGAGAUGGAAGGGGCUGGAGCCACACGGGCUGAGCUGCUGCUGGAGGCGGCUUGCCUAUCAGAGGAAACGGCAUCACUGCUAAACGCUUGUUCACGCUUGCCCCACUCAGCUACAUACGAGGCACUGUGCUGUGGAGAGCCACGGAUGUUGCCAAUGCGUUGCAGCUUGGGUAGAACUGCUGGAAGAGAGGCAGCCUUGAGCAUCAGCAACCCCUGCUUGUCGCAUCACCACCUCUACCUGCACCACCUGCGAGAACAGGCAAUUCAGACAGAAUAUGAUUCUGGACCAGCCUCUGCCCCAGUCCAUGGAGCUGCUUUUGGCUCAGACUUGGACACUAUUGCUGAGGUUCGCACUUUCCGCUCUCAGGCCUGCAGCCCCACCUCCACCUGGCUGUCAGAUGAGGGUGACGAUCUAGACUCUGUCACCUCUGAGUCUGUUGUCACGGCCACAGCUGGUGGGAAAGCUGUUUUUACAGGGACACAGGUCUCCACUGAGCCAGCCCUGGCACUAGGUGCCACCGAGGCAGUUGUCACGAUGGCUGUAGUUGAUGAUUCUCUGUCUCUGUUGCCCACAGCAAAAGCUAUGGCAGAAAAUGAUGCUGCACAAAAUCCUUCCGCACAAGAUACAUCCCCAAGGCCUGAUUAUACCUCCUGCCCUGUGCCAGAGAUGCCAUUGGUGGAGAACCCAACCCCACAAACCACACAGCCACAACGUGUAGCCUCAGAGACCAACAUCAGUGGGGUGACUGUUGUAGAGGUGAAUGAGGAUAUUGAAGAAAGCCAAGAAGAAGGUGCCACAAGUACAACAAGCUCUGGCUGUGGUGUGCCUGUAAAGAGUUACUGGAGCCGCCAUUUUUUAGUGGAUCUUUUGGCUGUGGCAGUGCCAGUGGUACCCACAGUGGCGUGGUUGUGUCGGGGCCCAAGGCGUGAAGGCCAGCCCAUGUACCACAUUGGGGCAUUGCUGCGCGGUUGCUGUACCGUAGCCCUGCAUUCCCUGCGACGAGGGGGGGGUCUGCGCCAUUACCCUGCAGGGGGAGGGGGGCCAGGAGGCAUAAAUAUAUGAGAUCAGACCUUGAGCACCAGAGAGAUUCUCAAGCUGCUCACAGUGCAGUUUUCAGAUCACACUGGCAGAUCAUUGGGUGUUAAAGAACAGUUGACGGCAGGUCAGGAGGCAAGAUUAGCACUGCACCUUUGGUCUUAAGUUAAAUCCUAACAAUCUUAACUCUAGUUCUGAUGUAGGAUGGAAGAAAGUGGGAAACGUGUUUUAUCGAUAACGUCAGUCCUUUCUGGUUUUAUAAAAUGGUACCCUUUAUUUUUUAAAACCUCAUCUGUGACCCAGUUUUCCACAAUUAGUUGGCAAGAGAGGAAGCUGCUUGUGGUCAUCUGACACCACAAUGUUGGUAUUUGUAGGGGCAUAAUCAGAGUGAUGAAAAUAAAAUGCUUAACUCAUUGUCUUCCUGUGUCCUGAUCCCAUGAUGUACUCUUUUGGUCAAAUUCAAUAAGACGUGGCUUUAAAAACUAUGUGUGUUAAUACGUGUGAGUUUGUGUUUGUGUUGUGUUAUUGUGCUCUGUAGCUGAAGCACCUGAACAACUGGGCAUGAUCAUUGCUGCAGCAGUUGUAGGUGCAUGGUUAGUUCUCCCAUUCUUGUACUGCUAAUCUAUUUAUAAGCUUCAUAUAGACAUAGACUGGUGUUUAAGGUGGCUUCUCCUGCUAGAAUGUAAUCCAUAGGCAAAAAAGUACAUGACACGUAUUAGCUUUAUUGUGGUAUUCUAAACCAAAAUGCGUCUGUGAAAGACAAAGUACAAUUUUAGGAUGUAUGGGCCUCGAAAUGGGCUAAAAUCAAAGCAUUGGAGGAUGCAUGAAGAACAAGCAAUCAUACAAUGUUUAUAGUAAUAAUAAUUCUACUUAUUUAUGAUCAAUUUAAAAUCGUGUGAGAUUUAUGUAGAGGUAUUCCUUUCUUUUUUUCACUUUGAGAAUGUGUCAAUAUUAGUAGUCCCUGUACUGUAGUUAUACUGUCUCAUUUUUCACUUUUUUGUGAAAAAGUGUCUCCAUGAAAAUGUCACUUUCGACUGAAUCGGAUCUAUAUGGUGACAUUUAUUGAUAUCACUUGCACUACAAUUCACUUUAUCACAAAUUUACUUGAAGUUUAGUGUGUAUGCAAUAUUUAAAGGCAGAUAUUCACAGAGACCACAGAUUCAGCUGACCCAAUCAUGUACACAUAUGUAGGUAGUGUACAAAUUGCAGCCAUGUGUGCUAAUCAGAAAUAAAUCCUAAAGCACCGUCUAGCCAGUUAAUAUAUGAAGAAAUUGCUGUUUUAAUCUUGUGAAUGUCUACAUCUUUGAUCACAACCUUCAUUAGUUGCCUUUUGCUGUAAACGCCCCUCUGUGUGGAGUCACGGCUGUCAGCUGGCAUUUAUCUUUGGCAAUGUACAUUCACAUGUGCAUUGUGAAGCCAACAUAUAAUAUUGUAGCUGUUCAUGUUUUUUCCUCCUAAAACCACACGACAAUCUCUGUGUUGUGCAUUCUCUAUUUUAAGUAAAUAAGCUAGUCUCCUGCUGGCUGUUUAAGCACGUGUGUGUGAUUGUAAGACACUGAACAUGUGGCGUAUAUUUCAUUUGUUUUUAUGCAUUUCUGAUUUUAUAUUUUAUUUUAAGAUUGUUUUAGAUAAUGAUUGUGUGGCCUUUGUAUAUUAUUUGUACUGAAAUGGUCAAAGGACGUUCAAAGAAUGCCAUUGUGGUCCAAAUUCUUUUGGGCAGCAAUUCAUUACCUCUUAUUUCUAAGCUUAUCAAGAGCCAUUUAAAUGCUUCAAUGCUGUUGAUUGCAGGAUGAAAGCACGAGGUUUGCACUGAAGUGACUGAUAAGACCUUGAACGUUUUCUGUAAAGCCAUAUUCUACUAAAGGAUAGUGUGUGUAACCUGUAUUCUAAUCUGAGUAAUGUACAUGAUUUAAUGAAGUACACCUUGUGUGGUAGCAAGGGGACUUCAGUUUGUGUGAGGGGUUGUGUGCAUUUGGAAAUGAGUGCAUUCCAUUGCAAUCUUCCUGUUCAUUUGAGUCUUAUUCUAACAGAUUUAUGAAUCAAAUUAACCCGACAAACUAAUAUUCACUUUACAUGUAACAAUGAAUUGCCAACUAGAGUCCAGAUUUCAGCAAAACAUCACAUGAUCAUGAAUAAUCAUGGCUUUAUAUGGAAGACUAAAGCCCUGUUCACACUGCAAGUCUUAAUGCUCAAUUCGGAUAUUUUGCUCAGAUCUGAUUUUUUUUGUUUGGCUGUUCACAUUACCUUUUAAAAUGUGGCCUAUAUCAGAUACCAGUGUGAACUGUUUGCUGUUUCUUUCUAAAUGUUUGUGUAAUGGCAGCACAGAGACGCAGUGUUUUGAAAAUUUUCAGAUGUCGAGGGCAACUUUUGAUUAUUUGAUCCAUUUUGUAGGCGUAGUCACGUUUGUGUGCGUACUCGCCGGGACAUAAUUGUGACGAAUGUCGAUGUAGAUUGACGUAAAAGUCGCAUCAAAUCUGCCUCGGUUGUUCACA